AUAACUUUGAUGGUGCCAUAUAAUCAAGUUGGCUUGUGAGUAAAGUUGGCAGGAAAAACACCAAGUAUUUGUUUACAGAAGAUAAAUCCACUGUUAACUUCAUAGCUUUUAACAGUCAUAUCUGUCAUUUGGGCUUAUUCUAUGGUUUGUUAACAACACAAACUGCUUAGUCUCACACCCUUAAAGCCAGUCCUGUUUAUAAGCACCUUAGGAGAAAGUAGAACCAUCAUUCCAAGAAAAAGAGAAAAAGAACAGAGAGAAAGAAAACGGGAGAUAACAGGCCUGGGAGAGAAAAAGAGUGUUAUCAAUUGUGGUGCAAUAAUGGCAACACCAAAACAGUCAUAUGAACAACACCAACAACAAACAAAUGUGCUGCGUGUGAGGAAUUCAGGGAUGAUUAGCGUGAACCAGAGUCCAAUGAGAGAUGACAAGGAAGAGGAGAUGUCAAGAUCAGCUUUGGCAAUGUUCAGAGCAAAGGAAGAAGAAAUUGAAAGGAAGAAAAUGGAGGUGAGGGAUAAGGUUCAUGCUUAUCUGGGUCGAGUAGAGGAGGAAACAAAACGCUUGGCUGAGAUUAGAGAAGAGCUUGAGGGUCUGACAGAUCCAUUGAGGAAGGAAGUUGCAAUGGUUAGAAAGAAGAUAGACAGUGUGAACAAAGAGUUAAAGCCACUGGGCCAAACCUGCCAGAGAAAGGAAAGAGAGUAUAAGGAAGCCCUUGAUGCUUUCAACGAGAAAAACAAGGAAAAAGCUCAACUUGUUACUAAACUAAUGGAGCUGGUGACUGAAAGUGAGAAACUGAGGAUGAAGAAGUUGGAGGAGUUAAGCAAAAACGUAGAUACCCUGAACUGAAAUUAAUGCUAAUACAAGUAACCUUACUUCUGUGUGAUGUAACUAGAACCAUGUGGUGUAUUGUAAUGUGACAUAAUUUGUGAUUUCACUGUACUUCAAAUUUUUGAUUAGGAAAUCUGCAUUAGAGAGAGACCUAAAUUCUGAACAUUGCACAAGUUAUUGUCAUUUGAUUUGAGACGUGUAUUCAAACUGAACAAUCAGAAAGAUCUAUUUUUAUUUUUAUUUUUUGUGAAUGAA